AUGAGCGCCCGCAGGCGAAAGGGCGCCAAGGAUGGCUCCGCCAACCACCGGGACAACGGCGGCGGCGACGCACCAUCCACGUCCAGCAGCAGCAGCCGCUCGACGGCACAUCGACUCGCGUCCCUGAGCGGCACCGGCAUCGGCGACGAUGGCGGCGGACCCUCUUCGGACUCGCCCGGCCCCUCGCCCGUCACGGCCAACUUCCGCAGCGGCACAGAGACGCCGCCGCAGCAGAUCAUCCUCGAGCGGGCCAAGCGCCCAUCGCUCAAGGGCAUGGCCAGCUACAACAUCCGCGCGCCGGGCACACCCUGGCACGAGCUCGACCUCUCCGAGGUGCCCUUUCUCCGCCACGCCGACGACGAGCUGCCAGCCAAAAAGGGCCUCAUGCGCUACCGCCGCCUCUUCUUCGUUUUUGGAACGCUCCUCGGCGCCGUCGUCGCCUUUCUGGCCUCGAGAAACGUCCAGAUGGCGCAGCACAUGAGUGCGUUGCGCAGUCUCGUCGACGAGCAGAUCGACGGCUUCGGCCUCGACUUUCCCUCGCUCGACAUCGGCAUGCCCAAGGAGUUUGCCGACCUGGGCGACAAGAUGUUCUCUCGCUCGCGCGAGUGGUUCAAGAACAAGGACUUCAAGACCGGCCGCGACCUCUUCCAGCAGGGCUACCGCGCCGACCACCCCGUCAUCCUGAUCCCGGGUAUUAUUAGCACCGGUCUAGAGAGCUGGACUACCGACGAGGCCAGCGCCGGCAACUUCCGCAAGCGGCUCUGGGGCACCACGACCAUGAUGCGGACCAUCGUCUUUGAAAAGGACAACUGGGUCCGGCAGCUCUCGCUCGACCCAGACACGGGCCUCGACCCCGAGGGCAUCCGGGUCAGGGCCGCCGAAGGCCUCGACGCCGCCAGCUUCUUUGCCGCCGGCUACUGGAUCUGGAGCAAGAUCAUCGAGAACCUCGCCGUGCUGGGCUACGACACCAACAACCUCUUCCUCGCCAGCUACGACUGGAGGCUGAGCUACCACAACCUCGAGGUGCGCGACCGCUACUUUACCCGGCUCAAGAUCAAGAUCGAGACCAACAAGCGACUCUUUGGCAAAAAGACGGUCAUCGUCGCUCACUCGAUGGGCAGCUCGGUGUUCUUCUACUUCAUGAAGUGGGUCGAGGCCCAGGGCGACGGCUUCGGCCAAGGCGGCCCGGACUGGGUCGAGGAGCACAUCGAGGCCUUCACCUCGAUCGCCGGCACCUUCCUGGGCGUGCCCAAGGCCAUGUCGGCCAUGCUGUCCGGCGAGAUGAGGGACACGGUCGAGGUGCCGCCGGCCGCCGCCUACUUGCUCGAAAAGUUCUUUAGCCGGCGCGAGCGGGCCAACCUCUUCCGCAGCUGGCCCGGCGGGGCGAGCAUGCUCAUCAAGGGCGGCGAGGACGUGUGGGGCAACGCCACCUUUGCGCCCGACGAUGAGCCCGAGGCGACCGACACGCACGGUCAGUUCCUCAGCUUCCGCGACCUGGACCCCUCGCUCGACUCCGACGCCGGCACCAACGUCAAGGACAACUUGACGGCGACGCACGCCCACAACUUCCUCCUCGAGCACGCUCCCUCGACGUUCCAGAAGAUGCUGCAGUCCAACUACUCGCACGGCAUUGAGCGCGACACUGAGCAGCUCGAGACCAACAAUGAAAUCGAGCUCAAGUGGAGCAACCCGCUCGAGGCCACGCUGCCACGCGCACCCAGCAUGAAGCUCUACUGCAUCUACGGCGUCGGCAAGCCGACCGAGAGGAGCUACUGGUACCAGCAGGGUCCUUUCAUCCAGCAAGGCCUGAUUGGCGAGCAGAGGGAGCCCAUGUGCAAGGGCGACGACGGAGAGGCGUGCGAAGAUGUGUCGAGCGUCCAGCCGCUCGACUUCCCCACGGUCAAGACGAGCUGGAUCGACUCGGGCGUCCAGCGUGAGGAGGCCAACCCCAAGGUGCGCUCCGGAUGCAAGAUGGGAGAGGGCGACGGCACCGUCUCGCUCCUCUCGCUCGGCGCCAUGUGCGCAGAAGGGUGGAAGUACCCGCACUGGAACCCGGCCAACCUCACGGUGGUAACGCACGAGCUCAAGCACGAGCCCGAAGCAAUGGACCUCCGUGGUGGACAAUCGACGGGCGACCACGUCGACAUCCUCGGCGCGCGGGGCGUCAAUGAGGCCGUGCUGCGCAUCGCCGCGGGGCGCGGGUCAGAGGUGGGCGACCAGUACGUCUCGCGCAUCCGCGAGUAUGCGCGGCGGGUCAAGUGGCUUGGCUAG